UGUGUGACUGAAGCGUUUUCUUUUCACUUGACUGUACGCUUUGCAAAAUUGUCCUUGGAGCAGCCACAGGGUUGUCCCGAUGCAAGAGUGAUGUAGUGAUUGCUGUGAAAGAUUAUUUUAAAAGCCAAAUAAGUGAAAAUGCUAAGUGUUUUUUUUAAAGAUCCAAAUGAUUGAUCUUGAAUUACUCAGUUCUUCACUGUGCAUUUAAAUAUGUCUAACUCAGUUCCUAAUUUUAGCUCUUAUUUCUGACUGAAGGUUCAUUCUACUGGAGAAAUGGAAGAGGUGAACGACACUCAAGUGUCUGAUUUCAUUCUCUUAGGAUUCUCGGAGUCUCCCAAAGUCAAGCUACUCUUGUUUGUGCUCUUCUUGCUGAUUUACCUUCUGACCCUGACAGGAAACAUGAGUAUGAUUGUGCUGAUCCAGAGAAAUGUCUUCCUGCAGUCUCCCAUGUACUUUUUCCUCGGCAACCUUUCCUUCAUUGAUAUCUGCUACUCUGCCAUUAUCAUCCCCAGGCUGCUGUAUGAUCUCCUUACAGACAGCAAGUUGAUCUCGUACACUGCCUGUGCAAUUCAGAUGUGGUGCUUCACCCUGUAUGCCACCACAGAGUGCUACCUUCUAGCUGCCAUGGCUUAUGAUCGCUUUGUUGCCAUCUGUAACCCCCUGUUUUAUCCUGUUGUCAUGUCCAGAAAGGUCUGUCUACAGCUGGUGGCUGGCUGCUAUCUGGUAGGCCUAGUGAAUGCCUCUGUCCACGCCAGUGGCAUAUUUAGGCUGUCUUUCUGUGGCCCCAAUGAUAUCAGCUCCUUUUUCUGUGACAUCCCUCCUUUGCUGCGGCUCUCCUGUUCAGACAACUAUGUUUCCAAGGUGGUUCUCUUUGUUCUGUCCACUUUUGUCGUGGUCGCAAAUGCAGUGAUAGUUCUCAUCUCCUAUUCUUAUAUCAUUUCCACCAUCCUGAGGAUGCAGUCCUCCACAGGUAGGCAGAAGACUUUCUCAACCUGUGCUUCGCACUUGGCUGCCGUUGUGUUGUACUAUGGGUCCUUAACGUUCAUGUAUGUACAACCUGGAGGUCUUGAGGCUGUGGAACAGGAUAAAAUAGUGUCAGUCUUCUAUACAAUUGUGAUACCCAUGCUUAACCCUGUGAUCUACAGUCUGAGGAAUGAGGAGGUGAAAAAAGCCUUAAAGAAAAGGCUAUGCAAGAGAAACUUUGUUCAGCAGCUGAAGUUGUGA